AUGGCAGAUGCAAUGUUGUCUUCAAUCGCCACCUUUCACAUGACAAAAAUCAUUGUUUCUGAUCCCACCAAGUUCAUGUUCAAUGGGUCAAUUCCUGAAACGAUAAACCAGCUAAGAGGGGGAAGAAGCAGGAAUCAAAGAAAACAGAGAACGAAGGUCCAUCAUCUCAUGUUGAGACAACCAAAAAGCGAAAAAGCUGACAAAGCAGUUCCUUCCUCUCCAAAAAAGAAAAAGGUCAAGAAAAUGGCGAGAAAACCAAAGGAAUCUUCGCUUGCUAACUCAGAUGAGGAACAGGAGGUUCACGUUGAAGGCUUACAAAGGGGAAACACACCUCCACGAUCUCCAACUCCUGAGGUACAACCUCAUGUUUCUAUUCCUACUCCUCCUCCAUCUAGGAAUCCUACUACAACACUAAUUUCAGUUGCUCCAAUACCACUACUUGUCUCUUCUCAACCUACUACCAUUGCUCCACUUCCACCUCCAAUCUUUUCUCAAACUACAACAACCAAUACAACCGAACCUCCGGUUCAUGUCAGCGUAUCUAAUACGGGGGCCCCUACCGGAGACACCGAAACCCCUGUUACCACUAAACCCUCUUUCACCAUCUCCUUCUACAGAUUCAAAACCUAUUAUUAG